GGAGAAACAUUUUCUGUUGUUUCGGAAUUAACGUUGUCCCUCAUUACACCGUAGGGCCGAUUGAAUCUAUAUGGGUGACUCGUGAGCGAACCGGUAGCUCCCUAGUAUCCAUAGUGUUAUAUUAUAUUCGUAAAUGGUUUUUAUAUAGUGUUUGGUUGUCACCAGAGUUGACGGUGGUUGGUGUUUGCGUGACUCUAUACCUUCACAUCAACCAUCAAUACUGUAGAAGUUAUUUUUUGAGUUAUUGGCUAUGAUAACUACAGUUACACGAUGGACGGAAGCGGCAAGGUAAAUCCAUCACCUCGUGGCGACUCGGAUGCUACGUUACCAGCUGUAGAUUCUCUUCCUGUUGAAACGCCAGAAAAACUGAGCGGCUAUACAGAAAAUGCCAGUUAUAAUGCGACCAAUUCCCUACCUACAGCAGACGAUGGUGUGAAAGCUACACAAAGUUCGAUACCUGUCGUAGAAGGGGGGUCUAUGGAUAGAGCUAAUCAUCCUGGGACGGAUUCCACGGGUGGGAUGCCAACGUCUGGUACACAAGGUUUUUUCCCUAUACCUCCAAUGAUGGGUAUGCCUAUGGGAUCUGCAGAUGGCAAUGCUAGUGAAAAUGCUGGAAACAAGAUGAUGCCAUUUGGUGGUUGGAUUAUGGAUGGUAUGAUGCCCAUGCCGAUGAUGCAGAAUAUGGGCACAUCUAUAGAUGGUAGUCUGAUGCCUGCCAUGUUCCAAACCUCAGGUUCUAAUGUUAUGAAAACCGAUGACGGUUCUCAAAUGCCCAUGAUGUUUUACAAUCCAAUGAUGACGGAUGGUAUGUCUACGGACUUUAGCAAGAUGGCUAAUGGCAAGAUGAUGAAUCCCCAGCUUCCGAAUAUUAUGACGCAACUUUGGCCCACCAUGGACGAAAAUACUGCUCUUAAUAGUUUGAAUAUGUUGUUCAUGCCUCAGAAGAGCGCUCGUCAGAAGCGUGUAUCUGAGUUGGAUAGUAUGAAAUCAAUUCCUACUUCAGUUCAGGUUCGUGAAACAUGUCAGCUAAAGUCUUGGCGCCGUAAGCUUCAAAAAGGGCGUGUGCAGCAAAAGCUAGAAGCUGAGGGCAACGCACCCGUCUCACAGUUGCAGCAACAUGACGAUACUCAGGAUACUUUGGUGGAUACCGAUUAUGCAUCUUCGCCAGAGACUACAGACAAAGAUUUAUCGCAGCCUGUUUGUUUAAACAUCGAAAUGAGUUGGCACCAAAACCGUUAUCAAUCGGAUUACGUCUUAACGGAUGCUGAUAUGAAAUGUUUACGUCUUUUUGAUGAAGAUGAGAAAGAUACGUAUAAACAUCGUGUUGCGCUUGGAAAAAUCAAAUCGCUUGAUCCAAGUUGCUACAGUUUCAUGUACAUGGACGAUUUGGAGAUUCCAAUUUCCGGAGAAGACGUUGGUAACUUACGUCUUUGGGAAGACUUUAAAGAGGAAACAUCAUCGACCAUCUCGGAUAAUGAACUCUCAUUGCACCUUAAUGACCCAAUAACUCCUAAAGUUGACACUCUUGCUUCUAAACUUUUGGGAACUUUGUGUAUCGACGCCGUGGCUGAUCGGCAGCCGCUUCAUGAUGGUUCAAGUUCGGCAUCAUCGUCGAUACCCUCCGAUCUUAAUUCAGACGCCGAGGAUAAUAAAACAACAUCAGAGUCUGUUAUGGUGGAACAGGAUAAUACAGGUCAGCUGAACAUUGAGGAUGAACUUGCCUCCGACUUUGAUGAGGCUUUUAAUUCUGAUUCCGCGGAGAAAAUAGAGGACCAAUUUGAUGAGAUAGAUACUGUUGAUACCAGUCUCAAUGCAUUUACCGGUGAUGUUCCAAACUUGAUGGAUGAGUUAGAGGACGAGCUUCUGGGAGAGUUGCCUAGUGAUGCUAAGAGCAGCGAUAGUGGUGACAGGGACCAGGACUUGGAAGACGAGUUUGAUUUUGGUAUAAUGGAUCAGCAUCAUGAUGAACAGCCUCUUACGAUUGGUACAUUUGCCGAAAAUCAAACUGUUGUUCCAGCUCCUAGCACGACUGUGGAACCUUCACGAAUGGAUGAUGUUGACUACUUUGGUGAAAUACCCGGGACAUACGCUCAUUAUCGUGCACAGCUUUCUAGGUUGAUGGAUGCCGGGGAUAUCGUACACGAGUGGCGUCGGUUCCGCAAUCGUUUUGGUCCCGAUAUAUCUUUGUCAGAAUUGGUAGAGUUUGAGCAUGUAUGGCGUAUUUUCCAGGAAAAGCGUGUUGAGGAGAUUUGCCAAAUGGUUGGUAUUCCUAUGGAGCAGGGUGCUGCAGAUGUUUCUGUCGAUGAAAAGGCUGACACUUUAUAUCGCAUGGGUAAGGCCAACUUAAAUCUGCUACUCCAAUUUGACCGGCCGGAGGUUCAAUCAUUACUUGCGUCGUCUAUUUAUAAUCUGAAUGCUCCAAAUGUAGUAUACUCUGCUAUACCUAACGAAGAAGAAAUUGAGGACAACGAAGAAGCGUUCCUUUCCGCUGAGGCUGAUCCCAACACACCUCAUGCUGAAGAGGCUCCUACUCCCACAACAACCGAUCCAGUUAAUUUCGGUGAGGAGGAUGAGGAUACAUUGCCCGUUGAGAGGGAGAGUGAUAUUCGUCGCAGUUGGCGUAGGAGACUGCAGACCCUGACUAAGGAAACCAGGCUUGCGCUUGUGAACAUGGGUAAGAGCUUGAAGGACAUUGAGAACGUAUCAAGUAAUAUUGAACAGAGGCGAGCCUAUGACUCUGUUGUUGAAUUUUGUGAGGUCGCUGAGAUGUUCCGUCAAUGUGACUAUGCCAAUUUAUUGAAUCAGUCAUUUGACGAUUACUACGAGAAGGCGAAUCCGCAUGACACAGGUGUUGAUGACAGUUCUUCAACUCGUAGAGAGCUUCUUCAUACUCGCGUUGCCAAGAACCUUUGUGGCGUGUUGCCUCUUGUGGGCAAGGCAGCUAAGUAUCAUAACGUCAGAUUCCAUCGACCUGACUUUCGUUCGGGUCUUUUUGCAGAGCACCUCAAGGUACUGCGUGGUAAUUACAGCUCUGAAUGGUGUGCUUGGCCUUGCAAGCCGUUAUUGCAUAGCAAUUUGGUUACAAGUUUCACAGAGGAAUCUGGUGGAGCUGAUGACGUCAAGAGUCAUCCAUCUAAUUAUUUCAUCCACUCCAGGGAUUUAUCGCUGAAUGAUGACUGCAAGGUCGCUUUAAUGGAGUAUGUUGAGCAGCACCCACUGUUAUUGGCUAAUUGUGGAAUGGCAUCACGUGUUGACAACUAUGUGAACCACAAGGAAGAUGAAACGCGCAAAGACGUUGCUUUCCUUGGUCCUUUGGGCACAUUAUGUCAGGCUAAUGAUGGUAUAGAGCUUUUCGGUGUUAAGUACAAUGUCCCGCCAGGUGACGGUCAGACAAUUUUAGAAAGCACUUUAUUUAAGGCGCCAAUAUUUGUUCACCCUCGUCCAGGUUCUACUUGGGAACAAUCUCUAUCUAUUAACACCACUGACUUUUUACUGACUAGAUCUCGUGGAGGUGGUGAGACCGUGAUUCGAUUACGUCCGCUCACUUGGCAAAAUGGUGUGGCUGUAUACACCGUUGGUCAGUGUGAACCAAAGGUUGACAUUCCUGCACCUGGUUCUAAGACAUUUGUGGAACAUACCAACGAGCUUUUGAAGGCGUGGGUGUUGAAAUCUGUUAUGGUUGGAUCCAUAUUGGAUGUAAAGCAUUUACGUAAGGAGGCUCGUAAGAAAUUCUGCCCAGUAUUGAGUGAAAAGGACAUUUCUCAUAUGUUGAAGCAAAUUGAGAGUACGCCCAUAUUUAGUUUACGUGCUCAGGCGUUAGAGCGCCUGAUUCAUGGAGCCAUUAAACCAGAGUUGAUCUGUGCAUUGGAGAGUGCCCGUGCUGGUAAAGCUCGUUUGGCUACUAUGGGUAUUCUCCAUUUGAAGAAUCCAGAUAAUGUUGGUGGCAUAUACGAUAAAAUGGAGAAGGAGGAGCGCCAGUACCAGCAGAGUCAGCAAGCGAUGGACAAGCGUUUGCGUGAGUUGAAGAGCAGUUAUGCGAAACGUUUAGAAGCCCAUGGCGUCACUGGGGAGAAGCUUGACGCCGAAAUGCAACAAUUUGACUUUGGAUUGCAUGUAUCUAUGUACGGUCACCUCGAAGAGCGUACCAUUGCACCUAAGGUUAAGUUCAUCAAGGAGCUGCUUGACCUUACUCCUUGGAACAUUUCCCGUGAUGUUAGGCAGGUAUUAUCAAAUCGUGGUACUUCACAAUUUGCUCUAUAUGGUUAUGGCGAUCCCAGUGGUAAUUUGGGCGAAGGUAUCAACUUAUUGAAGCGCCAGGCAAAUGACACGUCGGUUGAUAGUUCCAACGCAGGUGAGGAUCUUCGUAAACUGUCGAUGGAUGAAUUACGCAAGCGUUUACUUUGUUAUGGUGUUUCUAAAGAUGUCAUUAAAACACUACCGCGUUGGGACCAGGUCGCAUUAGUGCGGAAGUAUCGUGACAGUUUCGGUGGUCAGGGUCCAUCUGACGGUGACCAUCUUUGGCGUAUUCCUCCUGAGGAGUAUGAAAAGAAGUUGAACGAUAUACUUUUACGUCAGAAAGCGGCGCUUUCAAGGGACAGUCCUUUACCAUCUGAGGACGAGGCUGACCGUGAGGAUGCUGAGGGCAUUGCUGAUGCUCUACUAGAGGAAUUCGAUGACGCCUCCUUCAAGGAUGACGAGAUUGAGAGGCGUGAGCUUGAGAUUUUACGUCAGUUACGUGAGGCUCAAAGUUCUGGCCCUCUUAGUGAGGAGGAGCGCAUGGCUGAGGUCAACAAGUUAAAGGCUGUGCCUGGCAUAAUGUGGUUACGUCAAAGCCGCAACGUUGCUAAUGAGGAGUUCGAAAACCCGCGUGCUGUGAUUAUAUACGGUGAGGAUAAUGCACGCAAGUUAUUAAGGUGGCGUGCUCGGCGUGUAGCUGCUAAAAAGAGCAACGUGCAUGGUGAUGUUACUACUAAUCCCGCUGUCAGUGGUAAGCGUAUUUGCCGAUCUUGUGGUCAAUCUGGCCACAUUGCUUCUAAUCCUAAAUGCCCAUUAUAUAAGGGUGACAAGUCUCGUUCAUUGGGUGACAUUACAAAUACAUCUAAGCCACCAAUUUAUACGCCUGCUACGACCCGUAAGAUACAAAAGUACAGUGAUUCCAGUGAUAAUGAGAUUACUGCCAGUACUGCUGCUUUGGAAUGUGACACUACAGAGUUUGUAUUGCGCCAGUUUGAUUCUCGACACAAAAGACGGCUUACUUAUCAGUUUUCUGUUGACGAUAGUGAUGAAGGUAACGACCGGUUUGACGAUGGCAGUGUUGUUGCUUCACGUCGCAAAAACGUGCGUAUCGGUGACACAAGUGCGGUUCCUGUUGCUAAUUUGAGCAGUAACAUGGAGCAGUUGAUGAAGGCGGUGUCUAAGGCUGUGCGUCUGAUUGAGAAGGAGGCACGUUUCAGGCCUUUUGCGAGUCGGAUUCCAGAAAGUGUUGCUCCGAAUUACUACCAGAUAAUUAAGACUCCAAUGUGGUUAUCUCUGUUGAAGUCUAAGUGCAAGACUCAGUGCUAUAGUGACAUGGUUAAUGUACUGGACGACCUUGCUUUGAUUGAGCUGAACUGCAAGAAAUAUAACUCUGAGACUUCUCCUAACGCGUGGUUACGUAAAAUGAGUGAGGUAUUGGUAGACGAGUUGCUAAUGCGCAUUCAACAGCUUACUAGUCAUUUGGUGUCUCCCUCUGUUAUUGAGGAGUGGGCGCGCGAGCAUCGGGCUAACCGUAUUGUAGCUACAUCACCUCCUGCUGAUUCUUCCACGGCCAACACCGUAAAUCCACCUAACGUGGAAAUAAUUUAAUUAAUUAUGUUGCUGUGUGUGCGUAUUCGUUUGUUGGUGG